AUGUGGUUCUUCAUAAUAAUUCUAAUAACAUCCGGUAGUUCAUUUAUUGAUGCAGCCGAUGAGAAUACAUGUACAGCUAUGUCAACACAGAAGAAUACAACAAUGAUUUUGGCUAAUCUUCGUCAAGAAAUGCAAAGAGAGGGUAUAAGUAUAUAUGUAAUUUUUGCUGGUGAUGAACAUGGAAGUGAAUAUACACAACCGUAUGAUAAACGACGUGAUUGGCUUUCAGGUUUUGGUGGUUCAUCAGGAACAGCAGUUGUUUCUUGGCGAACGGCAGCAUUAUGGACAGAUAGUCGAUAUUAUACUCAAGCUGAAGAACAACUGGAUUGUGCUAAUUGGCUUUUGAUGAGAGAUGGAAGUCCAGGCGUACCAAGUCUUGUAAACUGGCUAGUUUCAGAAGCAAAUCAGACAGCAUCACCGCCAGGUGCUUCAGCUGUAUUUGCUACUACAGCAUGGUGGUCAUCAGCUAAUACUGCAUUGAAUGUAGUAGGAAAACAACUUCGUUCUGUUGAUGAUCUAGUUGGACGUAUUUGGCCGACAAAUGAACGACCAGCAGAAUCAAAAAAACCAAUUGUUGCUCAUGAUAUUCAAUAUGCAGGAGAAACUGUCAAUGAAAAGAUGAUUAAAGUAACAAAUGAAAUUAAACGACUUGGUGCAACAACAGCUAUCAUUAGUGCUCUUGAUGAGGUUGCAUGGACGUUCAAUUUACGUGGUGCUGAUAUUCCAUACAAUCCUUUUUUUAAGUCAUAUGCUAUAAUACAUGCUAAUUAUGAAACAUCUCAACCUGAACUAUUUGUUAAUUCUCCACAACUUGAUUCAAGUUUACAUCCUUCUAAUGUUCGUGUACUUGAUUAUUCGAUGUUUUGGUCACGUUUAAAUCAAACUGCUACUGAUCCAAAUAAUAGUAAAAUUUGGGCAAGUGCUAAAGUAUCACAAGCUAUAUUAAAUUUAAUACCAAAUGAUAAACUUUUAUUACCAUUGACAAAUUCACCUGUACAACGUGUAAAAGCAAGAAAAAAUUCAGUAGAACGAAGAGGAAUGCAAGAAUGUCAAAUACGUGAUGCUGUUGCACGUAUGAAACAUCUUGGAUGGCUUGAAAAACAAGUCAGUGAUGGACGAUCUAUCAAUGAAACUCAAUCUUCCGAGCAAUUACUUAUUUAUCAAGGACAACAAGCCACAUUUCAAUUUCCUAGUUUUAGAACUAUUUCAGCAUCAGGUGAUCGAGCAGCUGUCGUUCAUUAUUCAGCAGAACCAGCAACUGCCCGAUCUAUAACGAAAGAUAAAGUCUAUUUACUUGAUGCCGGUAGUCAAUAUCUUGAUUGUACAACAGAUAUAACACGAACACAUCAUUUUGGUACUCCAAAAGAUUUAGAAAAACGUGCUUAUACACGUGUACUUCAAGGUGUUCUUGAUCUUGCCGAAGCUGUAUUUCCUACAGGAACAUAUGGUCGAUCACUAGAUCAUCUUGCGCGUAUGUCUUUGUACAGAGAUGGCAUGACCUAUGGACAUGGAACAGGUCAUGGUAUUGGUCAUUUUUUGGGUGUACAUGAAGGACCACAGAAUGUAGCAUUUGGCUAUAGUGCUUCUGAAGAAGCAUUAGCCGAUGGAAUGUUUCUUUCUGAUGAACCAGGUUUUUAUAAAGCAGAUGAUUUUGGUAUUCGUAUAGAAAAUGAUAUGGAAGUUGUACUCACAAACACUAGUGCAUAUGAUGGCAGACAAUUUCUACGUUUCAAUACGAUUACAAUUGUGCCUUAUGAACGCUCAUUAAUCGAUGUUACCUUAUUGACAAAAGGACAAUAUGAUCUUAUCAAUCAGUAUCAUGAAAAAGUAGCAAACAUUUUAGAACCUUUACUUGCAGGUGACGAGUCAGCUUUACAAGCAUUACGUUCUCGUACAGCUAGAUUGGAGCCGCAACCAACAACGCCGACGACAACUUCAACCACAACUUCGGGACAAUCAAAUAAUGCAUCAAAUACUAAUAACUCAUUCUUAAUAACCUUUUUUCUUACUUAUAUUGCUUUGUUUUAA